UGAUGACCCUAAAAGGUCAUCUAGUCUGGUCCUAGAUGCUGUACGGUCAACGAACAAGGGAAACCCGCAUCUGCUUAAUUAUAUCACUGAUCCUAAUUGGACUUCAUGCUAUCCUUUGCAGAAAACCUAUUGCCACAAAUAUUCAUACUCUUAUUUUCACCUUUUCCACAGGCCUUCAGAAGACUAGAGAGAGAGCAAAGAGCAUUUUCGCACCCAAAGAUGUGCCUUGUCGUGGGCUUUGCUCUGCUGAUAUUUGUGCUGCCAGCUCUACACGCAACAGGCAUAGUUUCAUCCUGUCCUGAUCGGGAUCCAGAGCUGGAAUCCUGGGAUCCAGGACAUGAUCCAGAGAAUCGGGUGAACAUCAGCCGUGGCCAGAGGUUCCUCUUGUCUUCCUCCAUCACUGUCCAUUCCAUCCACAUCACAAACGGAGGAAAACUAGUAAUUAAGGACAACACCGCUCCCAUUGUUUUGCGUGCCCGGCAUAUUCUGAUUGAAAAUGAGGGAGAACUGCACGUUGGGAGCGAGAACUGCCCUUUCCAGAGCAACCUGACAAUCAUCUUGUACGGACGUGCGGAUGAUGGCAGCCAACCAGACAGUUACUUUGGGCGGAAGUUUGUCGGGGUCAUUAACGGCGGAACGCUGGAGAUUCAUGGCCAAAAGAAGUUGUCCUGGACUUUCCUGAACAAGACGCUGCACCCCGGCGGCUUGCAGGAGGGCGGCUACUACUUUGAACGGAGCUGGGGCCACCGCGGUGUGAUCGUCCAUGUCAUUGAUCCCAAGACGGGAGCCGUUAACCAUUCGGAUCGAUUUGACACCUAUAAGCUCAAAAGCGAAAGCAUUCGCCUCGUCAGAUAUUUGAAUGCCGUCAAGGAUGGCAUGAUCCUCUUGGUCGCAGUGAACGACGAAGGCUCUAAGAACUUGGACGACACAGCCCGGAAAGCGAUGACCAAACUGGGCAGCAAACAUUUCCUCCAUCUUGGUUUUAGGCACCCAUGGAGUUUUGUUACGGUAAAAGGAAUCCCUUCUUCUUCCGUGGAAGACCACGUGGAAUACCAAGGACGUGGAGGGUCAGCAGUAGCCAAAGUAUUUAAAGUAUUCCAAGGGGAGAAUGGAGAGCAUUUUAAUGUAUCUGCGACCAGCGAGUGGGUUCAAGAUCUUGAAUGGACAGAGUGGUUUGAGAAGCCUCAGAAAUCCAAAUCCAAAGAUGGGGAGAGGCUUUCAGACUUCCGAGCGGCUCACCGGGAAAUCUGCGACCAUCCCGUUGACAUCCAGGCGGUGACCUUGGACGGAGCGAAGCUGACCACGGAGGUCCUCUACAAAAGUGGCCGUGAUUACAGGUUCUUUUGCCGCGGCCCCGAACAGGCUCCCGGAGGGUGCCACAACUACAGAGUGCGCUUCUUAUGCGGCAAACCUGUGAGACCCAAGCUGACCGUCACCGUUGACACCAACGUGAACAGCACCAUCUUGAGACUGGCGGACAACGUGCGGUCCUGGAAGGCUGGGGAUAAGAUCGUGGUGGCCAGCACGGACUACUCAAUGCAUCAAGCGGAAGAGUUUGAGGUUCUGCCCUGCCGAGCCUGUGGGCCCAGUGAAGUCAAAGUGGCCGGGAAGCCCACCUACCUUCACACAGGAGAGAUUGUGGACGGGGUGGACAUGAGGGCCGAAGUGGGUCUCCUCAGCCGCAACGUCGUGGUGAUGGGAGAGAUGGAGGAAGGGUGCUACGACUACAACAACGGCUUGUGCUCCUUUUUCGAUUUUGACACCUUCGGCGGCCACGUCAAGGUUGGUCUCGGAUUCAAAGCGUUCCACAUGGAAGGCGUGGAGCUGAAACACAUGGGGCAGCAAACCCUGGGCCAUUACCCGAUCCACUUCCACAUGGCCGGAGAUGUCGACGGGGUGGGCGGCUACGAUCCUCCAAGCUACGUGAAGGAUCUCUCCAUCCACCACGCCUUUUCUCGCUGCGUCACUGUCCACGGAUCCAACGGCUUGCUGAUCAAGGAUGUUGUGGGAUACGACACCUUGGGGCACUGCUUUUUCACAGAAGAUGGGCCCGAGGUGCGCAACACUUUUGACCACUGCCUGGGACUCAUGGUGAAACCUAGCACUCUGCUGCCCUCCGACCGGGACACAAGGAUGUGCCAGAUGAUUACGGAAGGGACCUACCCAGGAUACGUCCCGAAACCAAGGCAGGAUUGCAACGCCGUCUCCACCUUCUGGCUGGCCAACCCGCACAACAACUUGAUAAACUGCGCCGCAGCUGGUUCAAAAGAGACUGGUUUUUGGUUCGUCUUGCAUCACGUGCCAACGGGUCUUUCCGUCGGAAUGUACCCUCCCGGCUAUUCCGAACAUCUUCCAAUGGGAACCUUCUAUAACAACCGAGCGCAUUCCAACUAUCGAGCUGGAAUGAUAAUUGAUAAUGGAGUGAAAACGACGCCAGCAUCCGCCAAGGACAAGAGGCCUAUUCUGACUUUAAUUUCUGGGAGAUACAGCCCGCAUAAAGACGCCGACCCUUUGAAGCCACGUGAACCUGCUAUCAUCCGGCGCUUUAUUGCUUACAAGAACCAGGAUCAUGGAGCCUGGCUGCGAGGAGGGGACGUGUGGCUGGAUGACUGCCAGUUUGCUGACAAUGGCAUUGGUCUCACUUUGGCCAGCGGAGGCACCUUCCCGCACGACGAUGGGUCGAAACAGGAAAUAAAGAAUAGCCUCUUUGUGGGUGAAAGUGGGAACACGGGGACCGAAACAAUGGACAAUGACAUCUGGGGUCCCGGAGGCCUGGAUCACAGCGGAAGGACCCUUCCCAUCGGCCAGAACUUCCCCAUCCGAGGCAUUCAGUUUUACGACGGGCCGAUCAACGUCCAGAACUGCACCUUCCGGAAAUUUGCUGCGCUGGACGGCCGCCAUACCAGCGCCCUGGCGUUCCGCCUCAACAACACCUGGCAGAGUUGCCCCAACAAUAACGUCAGCAACAUAUUUUUCGAAGACGUCCCAAUCACCUCCCGAGUCUUCUUUGGCGAGCCAGGCCCCUGGUUCAACCGGCUGGAUAUGGACGGGGAUAAAACAUCCGUAUUCCACGACGUCGACGGCUCAGUGUCAGAAUAUCCUGGCUCAUAUCUUAUCAAGGAGGAUAACUGGCUGAUUCGGCAUCCGGACUGCAUCGACGUCCCGGACUGGAGGGGUUCGAUCUGCAGCGGGCGCUACGCACAGGUGUAUAUCCAAGCCUACAAAUCGGCCAACCCAAGGAUGAAAAUCAUAAAGAACGACUACUACACGCACCCUCUGUACCUGGAAGGGGCCCUGAGCAAAAGCACCCACUACCAGCAAUACCAGCCGGUGAUCACGCUGCGGAAAGGUUACACGAUUCAUUGGGACAGGACCGCUCCUGCUGAACUGGCGAUCUGGCUCAUUAAUUUCAAUAAAGAUGAUUGGAUCCACGUUGGCCUUUGUUAUCCUAAAGGGACGACGUUUUCCAUUCUUGCUGACAUCCACGAUCGCCUUUUGAAGAAAACAUUCAAAACUGGCACUUUCUACCCAGCUGCUCAGAUGGAUAAGCUUGAACAUCGCUAUCCUACCAAAGGGCAUUACUUCUGGGAUGAAGACACGGGCCUCUUGUUCCUCAAGCUAAAAGCUCAGCACGAGAAAGAGCCGUUCGCCUUCUGCUCCGUCCGAGGCUGCGAGCGCAUCCGGAUCAAAGCCAACAUCCCCAGGAGCCCCGGGCCCAGCGACUGCGAAACCAAAGCUUACCCAAAAUACGCCGAGAAACCUUCCGUGGAUGUGCCGAUGCCCCAAAAGCUACCCAGCACACACACGAACCGGGACCAUUUUGUCGAACUGAAAGUGGACAGCUACAAGACCAGAUACUUCCACCUCAAGGAUGACUUUGCAUAUAUCUCAGUGGAUGGCAAAACGUCUUAUCUAUCUGAAGACGGCAUCCAAGUUGUGGUGGUUGAUGGGCAUCACGGCAAAAUGGUGGACCGGAAGAGUUUCAGAAACUCUGUUCUACAAGGAAUCCCAGCACAGAUAGACAACUACGUUGGCAACAUCCGGAACAAUUCUAUUGUGGUGAUGACGUCUAAAGGAAGAUAUUUUUCCAAAGGCCUGUGGACUAAAGUCUUGGAAAAACUGGGCGCCCCCUCAGGCUUUAGACUGAAAGAUAAAAUGGCUUUUGUCGGAUACAAGGGCAGCUUUCAGCCAACCUGGGUAACGCUGAAAACAGAUGACGAUGCAGUAAGGAUAUUCCAGGCUCUGCCAGUUCCCGUGGUAAAGAAAAUGAAAUUGUGAGGAAGCAGCCUGCGUUGUCUGUCCGCCCUCAGCACAUCCCCAACGGAGAGACAGGCAACCCGGAACUGUUAACAAUGCCCACGGCUUUCCCAGGAUGUAUAUAUUUUGUGGAUGUAUAUAACAGAAGUCUUAUUGAGAACGAAUGAGGUGUUCAUUCGCCAGCCGGCAUUCCUUAGCCAGUGUGUGUGUGUUGAUCAGCGGUCUGGUAGUCUGUCGUUCUCCUUCCUACAAGCGCGUCUGGGACAAGAAAGGUUUACUUUCACAUCACGGUGCAUCAGCAUCACAGGCUGCGAAGGGCAUUUGCUCGCCCUACUGCAAACAUUCCCUUUGGUAAAAACCAAAGGUCCUUUCCCCUUGAGUGGUGGGUGUUUUUCUGGCUUUAGGAAAGGUAGGUGGGAGAAGGGGGGACCCACCAAAACUGGGAAAAUACAAACCGGAGGUGGCUCUUUGGACACUUCGGAGCUUGUUUUCCGGUUUGUGGCCAACCUGGACCAUUUGUCGGCCCAAUGCGGCCGAUGCUGGUGCAAGAGAUUUUGCCCUCAGGCCUGCCUCUGUUGUCCCUCGUGUCAUACAAUGGCCUCCCUCACACUUUUCCAAUGUUGUCUCAGGUAGUGAAUUCAUAGGACACAUACAACAUGCUAACUUCUCCGUGAUCCGCCUUCCAGUGCUUGUUUUGAAUGUUUUAAUCAUCUACUCAGGAAAAAAAGGUGCACUUCCCAGUGGAGUUUUUGGCUACAUGAACGGGAGGAGAGAAUAAGCAACAGAAUCUGUCUUAGAUGGCCGGCAGAAAGCCGUCACGCCUGACGAUCCUUCUGCAAUUCUUUUUUUCUGGCGUGCUGGACCAGCCAAAGGGUUGGUAGCCAGCCAGAGAAGAAGAUGCCAUCAGCUUUGUUGUGCCAUUGUGUUGUCUCAGCCAAACACGCCACAGGACCCACCAAACUGCUGUCAAAUGUGGUAAGAUGAUUGGGGGUCUUACUGAAAUGGUCAUUUCUUCCUUAUGCACAGAGCUGUUUUUUGCAACACCUUCACGGACCAUCACACCCUGCCUUUGUGGGGCAGGAGCAGCCUUCUUAAGCCAUCACAACGGAGAGCCAAAGGUCUCUGGCUGUAAAGCCAAAGGUCAGGAACUCGAUUCCCCCAUGAUGUGCCUCCUUGACAGAGGCCGGACUCCGUGAGCCAUGGCGUCCCUUCCAGCUCUGCAGUUCUAAAGUGAUUUUCCUUUCAGCAAAAUAUGAGGAUAUUUUGCUGAAAGGAAAAUCCUGCUUGGUUGGAUUCUAAGCACCAAACUGUGUCGCCAGCUCUUGAAGAAGUAGCCGUAGCCUGUUAGUAAAAUCAGCUCUUACAGGAGUACCCCACUGUGAGCUGGAGCUGGAUUCUGGGAUGUUUAGCUUAACUUUGGGUCCUGGAUUUCUGCAGGUUAAAGGCUCAGCGAGUCUUCUCAAGUACAGCUAAAUCUGAAUACAAUUCAGUGCACCCUGUUUGCAAGUGCCUAAACGGAUCAGCAAGCAGAAUUCCAGAACCCGUCAACCAGGGAUUUUCCUCUCUCUUUAAGAAAAGAGAUAUAAGGAACUUAUGCCAUCUAAUUGUUCAUAAUGUGUGGCCGCAAAAAUGAAUGGAAUGACUGAGAGACAUUUCUAUGUUCUUUUGUAAUAACUGACAGUAAGCAACCUGUGAAACACUGCUUUUUAAAAGCAGUCUUAUAGCAUUUUUCGCCCCUCUCGAGUGUUAAUAUUCCAUGACCCCGUGUUUGCUUCCUGUGCAUGUGUCAGGUCAAAAAAUUUUUUACCCGAAAUAGCUGGUCCUUUUUCGGAACUAGAUGUAUAGUGUUUUGUACAUUUUCUUAAACUUUCCUGACCUCCCCCUGCCCCCCCCAAAAAAGAUAUAUUUUCUAUUAAUUUAUUGCAAAGGCACUAAAAGGAUUAAAUCUGAAGAGAGGACAGACGUUAUGAGGUUUCCUUUGGGGGGGC